AUGCGGAAAAAGAAGGCUAAGAUGCCGCCUGUUUACGGAGAAGUGGAAGAUGGGAUGGUGAGCGACGGUGAUGAUGACCCUCAUACCGUGCAUGAUGAAGAAAUAGCUUUGGGUCUACAGCAGGAAAAUGAAAGUGAAGAAGAAGCUAUUGACUGGAACGAGAACGAUGACGAACCCAACGAAGAGGCUCAAAAUGAAGCUUCGUCGUCCUCCAGCGACGAUUCAACUACAACUUAUGUCGCGCGCCAACGACAACGAGCAGAACGCGAGAUACUAGAGAACUGGGCGUGCUCUAGUAUCGAGGACGCUUUUCCUCCAAAGACAUGGCUCAAAGGCCAAAUGGACGUGGAAAAGAAGAAUUUCGACCUUAAAAACCUUGACACAGCAAUACUCCUGCGAUUCCAACAACUAUCGCGCCUAACCGUGGGCGCCAGUGACGAUGUCAAGGAGAAGAUAAGAAAAAAGUGGUAUACCAGGAAUCAUGACAAGGAUAAGCGUGUAGGAGAUACCCCGGUAAUAAAGCAGCAGAACCUACUCGAGGACCUUGAAGACCUGUGUGACGAAGCGGAGGAAGAACAAGCUGAGUUGAAGCGCAAAGCUGAAGAAGACGAAGACAGAGCGCUCAUCAGUGAUGACGACGAAGAGGACGAGAGCGAUGCUUCUUCUGAGUCGAGCAUACCAGCAGCGGGGUUAACGAUACAAACGUUACGCGACAGAUACUCUGCACUAGAACAGGUCUACGAGAACUGGGGUAUCCAAACGCUCGUUGGACGCUUCACAGACGGGCUACACAGAGAAGAUGUCACGGACGACGCGGACCUUGACGCAGGUGUCAUUGAGCGACUUCGUGACUUAUCCGAAAUUACCAAUACCGCAAGACACGGCAGGAGAAUUAGGGAGAGGCUAUGCGAAAGCUUAGAUGGAUUGAGAGAGUACGAUGUUGAGCGGGUCGUGGCCAGGAUAGCACUAGUCGGUCAUUACUACGUCAAUGUUCGAGCUGAGAAAGCAGAAAGACGAGUUAGGGGAGAAACUGUGAGCGAUUCGAGCGAUUCGGAAGAGGAAAAGUCAAGGGAAGCGGAUAAGAGAAAGAGGAAGGGCAAGGGCAAGGGCAAAGUCCCAGCGACCCGGUCAAAAGCCAAUGAAUCUCCAAAGCCAAAAGUCAAGCGUCGGCCAGCACAACAAAAAGCUCAGAAGAAGAACCCAGUAGCCCGAAAUCGGCCAGACGAUUUGGGUGUACCGUCAGAAUCUGGACAGCGUCGUUCGGGGCGGUUGGCGAAACUCCCUCGUGCACACUACGGUCCACCAUCUAGCCCAGGUAAACAAACGAACGCUGCUGUAGCAGCUGAUAACAGAGGAAAGGGUGGACGUAAAGAUAGACCAUCGCUAGUGGUAAAGCUCAAGGUGCGAAGCCUUCGCAGUACAACUCAGAGGAACAGCCAGUCAUCCGUUGCUUCAACAGCAUCGCCUGAUCGGCCAACCCCAGCCGAAGCACACGACCAACAUGUCGCAAAUGCCUCCGAUACAGACAGCGCAGCAUCAUACCGAAGAGCACUUGCUGAGGUACGAACAACGCUUCGCCAAGCUCAAGCCAUGGAAGAACUUGCUCUAGCUCACCUUGUGUCCGCUCGGACUCAACAUGAGAGAGCUGUUAACAGUAGAGCAAAUGCGCGUGCUCACACCGCGCGUGUUCGAGAGGAGCUGCGAUUGAUUGAGGAAGCGAUGGGCGGUGAAGAGAGUCAGGGCGAAGACGCUGAAGACGCGGAGCCAAGGCAGGAGGAGCGCGAAGACGAGGGCCAAGGAGAUGAACAGUGA